ACCUUUAAGAUCCAGUAUAGUAAAGCGGACGAACAAGUGAUCUCGUCAAGUUUAAGUCAUUUACAAUUUAGCUUCCAUGACAUCGGUCUUAGUGAUGAACCAACUUCUGUGAUUCAACAAUUGUUUAAAAGAAUAGUGUGAAUAAAUAGUCAAAAUGAAGUGCUUAGUUAUAUUAUUUGGUUUGACGACGAUAUUUACAAAAGCGUUAUCAGAUGGUUGCGUUACACCUCUUGGCGCAAGAAGCCAAUGUGUAUCAAUCUACGAUUGUCCACAGCUGCUUACAGCGUUUGAGCAAAGACCCCUUAAAAGUGAAAUGGUCAACUUCCUAAGACAAUCGCAAUGUGGCUUCGAAGGAUACGUCCCGAGAGUGUGCUGUGGACCCACACCAACUCCAUCUCAAAGCGCACCAACUACUCGACGACCUCCUUCUAGACCCGUUCGCCCGUCAGCCGGUGAGGAUCCAGUGGUAGAAGAAGAUUCAUAUCCCAUGCCAAGAGACCAGUGUGGUUUAGAUAUGAAUGGCGAUCGUUUAUACGGAGGUCAGAUUACUGACCUGGACGAGUUUCCAUGGAUGGCGUUAUUAGGAUACCAACCUCCAAAAAAUGCACCGUUAACAUACCAAUGUGGUGGAGUGCUGAUCAACCAUCGUUACAUCCUCACGGCAGCACACUGUGUAACUGGAGAAAUCGAAACUGUGGUUGGAAGAUUAACCACAGCCCGACUUGGUGAAUACGACAUACAAUCGGAUAUAGACUGCCUCUCCGAUACCUGCGCUGAUCCUGUACAAGAGAUAUUAGUUCAUUCAGCGUAUCCUAACCCAGGUUUCAACGAUAGGAACAAGAACAGAAAAGACGACAUAGCACUUGUACGACUCGCUAAAAGGGCAACAUUUUCAUAUUACGUCCAGCCGAUCUGUGUAGUUGAAAAUAAUCUUCGUUUAGAUGCCGGAAUUGACGUAUUUGUGGCCGGUUGGGGAAAAACCGAAAACGGAAAGAGUAGUCCAGUUAAACUAAAGCUUGGUUUGCCGAUAUUCAGUAAGUCAGAGUGUGUUUUAAAGUAUAGAUCACUUGGUGCGGAUUUGACUAAUGGACAGUUAUGUGCUGGAGGAGUCUUCGCACAGGAUGCUUGUAGAGGAGAUUCGGGUGGUCCGCUUAUGAGGAAAACGUCUACGGGAGCUUGGGAAACUGUGGCCGUUGUCUCCUUCGGAUAUGGAUGCGGAAGGGACGGUUGGCCAGGCGUGUACACUUCGGUCGCUAACUAUUUAGAUUGGAUUAAAAAUACAAUGCUAUCAUCUAACAUAUAAUUAUUUGCAAGUCUUAUAUGUAAUUAAGUGUCAAUUUAUUAAAAAUGCCAUCCAUACACGUGGGUGAUAAAAACUUUCAACCAAUUGUCCGACAGGUCGAUCGUAUUAUUGCGAUGAGUUUGUUGUAACUGAUUACAUAUGAACAAAAAAAAAAAACAUUCAACUCGUUUUCUAAUAAAUGUUUUGUUUCAA